AUGUAUACCGCCUUUACACAAGUUAUAGUUGAUCAAGAUGAGACACCGUUCAGUGACAAAAUUACGUUGCCGCAUGAAGUUUUAACCCAUCUUCUUGAGGUGCAAAAAAGAGACUUUGAUUUUACAAAACCUAUAAUAUUGGAAUUAAUAUCAACAACUGCUGAGGGUUCCAUAUAUAGUAAAUGCGUUUGUGGUGUUAAGGAGUUCAGUUUGGAUUCUCCGGAUGUUAUUAAAUUGCCACUCUCUGUGUUUUUAUCCCUAAGUUUGGAUAAGCUGGACAAAAAUAGUUUCGUUUUAAAUUAUAGGGUUUUAGACAGUGUGCCAAAUGGCUCAGAUAUAUCAUUAGAACCAUUGGGUGAAAUCUACUAUAGUAAUUUUUUAUCCAACAUGAGAGGAUAUAUCGAUACGGAACGUGUUGACUUGUAUACCGCAGAUAUAAUUUUUGACGAAGGUUAUGUGAAAAGCUUUUUAGAGGCACGAUUGAAUAAUGCAUACACAGUCUUAUCUACAAAUAAUAAUAUUUUGUUGGUAUCCAAAGCACCCAAUGGUCAAAAAUCAGAAAGAUUCUAUAAAUUCAAAAUCAAAAGCUUAAAACCGGCUGAUACAAUUUGCAUAGUUAACACCGAUUUAAAUUUAGAUAUUAUUCAUAGUGUUAGAGUUCCAGCCAAAUCUGUUGAAGGUCACAUGAACGAUGAGCUUAUGGAGUCAAUUCCUCUAAACCAACCUAUUGAAGAUGUUGCUUCAUCUAAGUUUUCACAAAAAAUUAUUGAAAUUAAACUGGAUGAAGUCGUAGAUGACAUUGUAGCUGAGAACAUAUAUGUGCUGAAGCAUCUUGAAAAUGGAUCAAAUUACAAUUUAACUAUUUUAGGAAACAAUCUUGAUGAAUCGUUCCAAUUGGCCGUAGGUAUCAGCCAGCUAACAUCAGAAACAUCAUUUUUAGCAUCAACGAUUACUGGUUCCAGCUUGAAAAUCAAUAGGAAUGUUUGUGAGGAUAGAAGAAUUAGAUUACCCGAACCUUCUGCUAAUUUGAUAUACUAUAUCAAGCCUAUCAUUAGAGACAAUUUGAAGCAUGAUUUUUCCAAAUACAGUUUUAUUAUAAACCAAGCUGACAAAGUUGAUAUUCAAGAUGUUCCACCCCCGAUGAAUUCAAAGUUAUGUGCGAAUUGCAAUACUUUCAUUCCCAUAACUUCCUUCCAAAUGCACGAGAUCCGGUGUUUAAGAAACUCACACAAAUGUGCUGAAUGUGGUAAGUUGUAUUUCAACGUUUUAAACUAUGGAAAGUUAAAAAAUACCCAUUGGCAUUGCAAUAUUUGUGGGUGUAACGGCGAAACAAAGGAAUGUUAUGAAAAUCACUCAUAUUGGAUGCAUGAGAAAGUGGAGUGCAGCCAAUGUGAGACAAACAUGGUUUUUAAUAAUAGGAUUGAAUUAAGUCAGCAUAGACACACCGACUGCCCUUCCAGUCUACAUUUUUGUAAAUUUUGCCAUUUAUUAGUACCACGCGAAGAACCAACCGUAGAGUCUAGAUACUUAGGUAUUUCCUACCAUGAAUUUAAAUGUGGUUCAAAGACUGUUGAGUGCUAUAAAUGUGGUAAAAUUGUGAAAAUGUUUGAUUUGGAUUCACAUUUAAGUUAUCACGAUUACGAAAGAAAAGAGAAUGCACUCAGGUGCCAAUUAAAGAAAUGUGCUAAUAUCAACUGUUGCAAUGUUAUAACAAACAACACGCCUCAAUGGAAUAAUAUGUAUGGUUUAUGUAAUACAUGCUACGGUCCUUUUUAUACCACCGAAAUUGAUAGAGAUGGUAAAAAAUUUAUAAACAAGUUAGAAAGAAAAUAUAUGAUCCAAUUGACAAGAGGGUGUGGUUUUGGAUUUUGUAAGAAUCCCGAAUGUAAGUCGUCAGGCUUAUUUGCCUCAAAUAUACCCACAAAGGAUAUUUUUAAUCAUGUUCAAAAAGAUUUAUUAUCUGAUCUAACCAAUUUUUCGUUAUGCGUUGAUGAAAGCAGAACUAAAAGGAAAAUGCUGGCCGCUUUUAUAGAAGAAGGUGGUAAUGGUGAAUACAGCACUGAAUGGGUUUAUAAAGCUGUAACUGAUUCUAAAUCUAAAGACGUUAAUGUUAUCGAAAAAUGGUUGAAUGAUAACGCUAUAACCAAUAAAGAACUGGUGAAACCUGUAUGUUAA